CCCUCCCUGUCCAGAAUGCCCCGUCCCCUCUUGCAUCUCUGGGGUUGGGGAUGGAGGUGCGAGAGACAAACUGAGCCUGUCUCCCCACAGGACGUCUUCGCCGGCCUGGAGACCGAAGGGGAUGAGCUGCUGGAGAUCAGGCAGACGGCGCACCUCUGCCGGAGGCAGGCCGAUGAAAAUCAGCCACAUGAACCGGAGACAGACGGGGUCCCGGAGAGGAAGGGACGGGAGCCGGGCGCACGACAGGGGGUGUCGGUGGACGUGGAGGAGGAAUCCGACGAUGACACAUCGAGUGACGAGAGUGAUAUCCAGCAGAUGAAGAACGCUGCGGGACCGAACAAGAGAGCCCCAGCUGAUGAAGAUGAUGACUUUGAGGUCGUUCCAGUGAAGAAAUGUGGUCGAGUCCUCGAUGCCGAAGGCCUGGCCCUGGGCACGGCCAUUGCAACGUCAAGGAAGAGGGCGCGAAACCUGGUGGAUGACUCCUUCAACAGGUACGCAUUCGAGGAUCCAGAGGGGACCCUGCCCGACUGGUUCGUGGACAACGAGCACAAGUACCGCCAGCGGCCGGCGCCCUUCGAUCCCGCCAUGGCCGCCGAGUUCCGCCGGCGCUGGGCCGAGAUCAACGCCCGGCCCAUCAAGAAGGUCGCCGAGGCCAAGGCCCGCAAGAAACGCCGGUUCCUGAGGAAGAUGGAGCAGCUGAAGAGGAAAGCCGAGGCAGUGGUGAACACCGUUGACAUUUCCGAGCGGGAGAAGAUGGCCCAGAUGAGAAGCAUCUACAAGAAGGCUGGGCUCGGCCGCGAGAAGCGGGAGGUCACAUACGUGGUGUCGAAGAAGGCGUCUGGCCGGCGGUUGGGGCGACCGGCGGGGGUGAAGGGCAAAUACCGGAUGGUGGACCCCCGCAUGAAAAAGGACAGCCGGGCGGGGGGAAAGGAGGCUGGGGGCAAGAGGAAGGGGCGCAAGUAGAGGGGACUUCGCCCCUCCCGUCCCCUCUUUUACGUGUACAGAGACACCCCCCCUUUUUUUUGCAAUAAAUGUCUGCGCUGUGCUGGUUACACGGUGCCUCAGACGA